GUACUUGGAAGAGCUGAAGGACCGCAUGCGAGCCAAAGCCAGAGCAGAAGGAGUGCACCCAACCUACAAAGCCAGCGAGACAGACAUCCUCCAGGGAGCGCUGGAAAUGCACGAUACCAUGGUGAAACUCAACAGCGAAAAGCAGACAGUGUUGAGAGUAGCCAGAGCGUGUGGUUGGUUGCACUACAGGCCAGACGGAGCAGGCAAUCUGGUGGAGGCAGGCAGACAGCCGUGGGCCAAAGACUUCCCAGAAGGACACAGCAAGCUUGGGCCAGAGCUCCUGGCACAGAGAGGCAGUUUUGUCCGGGAAGGCAAGCCAGUGCCUUUGGAGAAGAGAGAGGAAGGCCAGGAGGAGGAGGGUGAGUUGCAGCCAGCCAGACAGUUCGAGAACGAGACAGAGCAGAUCUUGGAACUGUUGCAGCACCCUCGAGAGAGACAGAACAUGCCUUGGUUGCAGAAGGUGAGCCAGACCACGAGUCAGAAAAAGGCAAGAAAAGACAAACAAAAAAAGAAGGGGCUGAAGAAGGAGGCACUAGAGGAGUGGAGAAAGAAGGCAGGCAAGAAGUCUCAGAAAGCAGCAGUGCAGCAAGUGGUUCCAGAAGCCAGCCGAGGCAAAGGGAAGAAACAGAAGCCUUCCUCGAAGCUGAAGACUUCGUUGAAGAUGAAGUCCAGUGUAGCCAGGAAGCUUUUGAAGAGAGCGAAGAAGAAGGCAGAGAAGGCAAAGCAGGCCAAAGAGGCACAUGCAGAAGAGGAGAUAGCAGACAGCACGUGGGUUGGCAAGACAGCCAAAGUGGUGGGCGAGACAGGGGUGGCACUUUGGCAAGGGAGCUUGGUGAAAGUCAGGAAGGCCAGAACACAGACAGUGCUUUGUGAUUUCCAGGGGCAGCAGCGCUGGAUGGUAAAAGAAGACCUUGAGUGCCCGGUCAAGCCAG